ACCAGGACGCCAGUGAAGGCAUCUCCCAACUUUUCUCCCACACACACAGUGAAAGUUUCUCUCUUUGGACUGUUAUAUCCCUGUUGUCGGUGGCUGAACAUGACAACAGACUCACACACGACCUGUCUGUGGUGGUGAUGAAGCGGACGCUACGGACGAGGACGAGGAAGUCAUACAAAGGGAGAACAUGCGAAAGGGGAAACUUGUGGAAUGAUGCAUCCCUCCCUCCAAAGUUCAGCUAAGACCUACUGGUGGACGUUGGAUCACACUUUGGAGCCGUCUGACGUUGCUAUCAUCUCCUCCACUGUUCAUCACCCGUAACCGAGAGGGCCCUGCAUCUUGGAUGAGGAGGCGACUGCCGGGAUGAAGGUGACGGUGACGUUCGGGCAGACGGGGGUGGUGGUGCCCUGCAAGGAGGGCUGGACCGUGAGGGAACUCAUCCAGCAAGCCACGCAGAGAUACAGAAAACUGCUGGAACAGGAAGGAGAAUUCAUGGUUCGGACUCACCACGUUGAAUACUGUGAUGGGGGGAUUCUGGACCCUGAUGAUAUUCUCAGCGAUCUGGUGGAAGACAAAGACAAGCUGAUGGCGGUGUAUGAGGAACAGGAAGCCCAGCAGAGGGGUGUGGCCAACACAAGCCUAGCCCCCAGCCCUGAGCUCUACCAGACUGAGCUCUCGGCCUUCCAGCCAAUCGCAGGAGGAGAGAUAGAAGUCAAUUCUUCUGUGCUCAAGUCCAACACCCCCCUGCUGGUGAGAAGUAGCAGUGAGUCAGCCCUCAGCCCCCAGGUGACAGAGACCUCCCACAAUGCAGACACCUCUGAGAUGGCAGCUGCUCCCGCAGCGGAGGGGCCUGUAGGGAUGGAGCGAGCCCAAGGAAAACACGUCUUCGGUAGCAGCCUGACCAGAAUAGUGGAGAUCCUGGGAGAGGACAGUCCCCUGGGCAUCCAUGUGGUUCCUUACUGCUCAUCACUCAGUGGACGGUCUCUGGGUCUGUUCAUCCGUGGAGUGGAGGAGGAGAGCCGCUCCAGAAAGGAGGGCUUGUUUCAAGAGGACGAGUGCAUCGUCAAGAUCAACAACAGCAGCCUCAUGGACAAGACGUUUAGCCAGGCCCAGGAAGUCUUUCGCCAGGCGAUGCGUUCCCAAGUCGUCCGCCUGGAAGUAGUUCCCUCCUCCAACAGGGAACGUUUUGAAAAGAGUCUGAUUGGUCAGCUAUUUGGCAACAGCACUGGUCCUGAUCACAGCCCCAGAAUCCCCAAGACCAAAGCACCGCCCCCCCCCAUCAAAGCCAAACCUGUGUUUAAGCCUCCUGAGAGUCCAGCCAUGCGACUGGCAGAGGAAGCUGCUACUCUGGACUCUGCUGUCGGUACCCCCAAAGGGAGGAGCGAGAGCCCCCUUCUCAAGAAAAGCCCUGCUCUCUCCAGCCUGGUGGCCAAUAAGAGAGGAGGACGAAGAUUGAGGAUCGACUUAAAGAAAGGUUCUGAAGGUCUCGGCUUUACUGUCGUAACCAGAGACUCUACCGUUCAUGGUCCUGGUCCCAUUCUGGUUAAGAACAUUUUGACACGUGGAGCCGCUGUCAAAGAUGGACGCCUGCAGUCCGGAGACCGCAUACUUGAGGUCAACGGUGUGGAUAUUACAGGCGUGGGCCAGGAGGAGUUGGUGUGUAUGCUACGCGGCACGCGGCAGGGGGAGAGUGUGUGCCUGGUGGUCCUGCGGCCGGAGGAGAUGUUCCUGCCCAGAGAGAUGGAGUUGCCCCGUGUGCCAGGCUCGGUUUGGGAGAGUGGAAAGGAGCAGCUCAUGUUCGAGGUUCCUCUAAAUGACACCGGCUCGGCGGGGCUUGGCGUCAGCCUCAAAGGAAACAAGUCCCGGGAGACGGGAGAGGAUCUGGGAAUCUUCAUUAAAUCCAUUAUACAUGGAGGGGCUGCGUACAAGGAUGGCCGCCUGCAUAUUAAUGACCAGAUGGUAGCUGUGAAUGGAGAGACGCUGGUGGGACGCUCCAAUCAUGUGGCCAUGGAGACUCUCCGCCGGUCGAUGUCACAGGAGGGAAACGUCAGAGGGACGAUCCAGCUGGUGGUGCUGAGGACUUUGAAGGAGCAACUCGGCGUGUCACCCAAUCGCUCCUUCGACGGCUCCUCUGGUGUGUCGGGGGUGAUGAGACCGGUGAACGGUCAGACAGGAUUGGUCAAUCAUUCCAACGGCCCCAUCCACCCCCCCCUUGUGACAAACACUCUCUAUGGGUCUAAUGUGACCAAUGGGAGUUAUUCUCACAUGGACGAGGAGGACGAGGGGGAGCUGUACGGACACGAGGAGUUUGUGAGCUCUCCACAACACUCGUACCUACAGGAAUGGGGAAACUCUCACAUCUCGAGCCAGGCUCAGCCCCAGACUCCCAGCAAGAACCAGAUCCAGAACCAGAACCAGAGCCAGAACCAGAGCCUGAACCAGAGCCUGAACCAGAGCCUGAACCAGAGCCAGAACCAGAGCCAGCGACAGUUCCAGCACGUUAAGGCCUCCAAGAGCAUGGACCUGGGUACGACUCAGAACCAGCAGCAAACUGUGGCAGAUGAGAGCAACGUAGGAUCUCUGGUCGGAAGCACUGCAGCUCCGGCGAGUCCCGUGGAACUGGGCCCAACCCUCGGUCUGAAGAAAUCCAGUUCCUUGGAGAGUCUCCAGACGGCCAUGUCAGAGGUGAACAGGAAAAACGAACUCCUCCCUUUCCACCGUCCUCGCCCAAACAUGGUCAGGGGAAGAGGCUGCAACGAGAGCUUCAGGGCAGCUAUCGAUAAAUCCUACGAUGGGCCGCCUGAAGAUGACGACGAUGAUGGUACGGACCCCAGCUCAGGCCGUGACACCCCCGCCAGCAGUUCAUCUCGCCAGGGAGCGGUGGAUCAGAUAGAGGAGAAGGGCAAAAAGGACAAAAAAAAGAAAGCCAAGACAAAGAAGAAGGAGAAGAACAAGGGAAAGGGAAAAGAAAAAAAGAAAGCGGAGGAGCCCGAAGAGACGGAGAAGAAGAGCAAGAAAAUAGGAUUUGGGCUUCUCAGAUUUGGGAAGAAAAAGGAGGAGAAGAAGGAGGCGAAAGCAGCUCUGCAGCGACAGAAGUCUGACAUCCUGAGUGAUCACGAGUUCGAGAGGAUGAAGGAGGAGAGAGAAAGAAUUGAGGCGGGUCACCCUGAGCUGCGGGACCAGCAAGGUGGCGGGUCCACGUAUCCAGAUGUUGAGGAUGAUGAAGCGGAUCCCAACUACGCCAGAAUACAAAACUUCAGGGAGCGAGAGGUGGCUCCAGUUCCGCAGCAACUUACUCAGGCGCCUCCCUACAAUACAAUUCAGCACAGCCAUGCUCACGCUGCUUCCCCGCAAAACCACUCUGCCUUUCCCGGACAUGGAAAUCAUGCUAACGACCCCGGAGCCGUCCCUGAUGAUGACCACAUUGACAGGCUGUAUGCCAAGGUCAAUAAACCGAGGGCAGCUGGGUCUACGUCUCCUCCUGUGCCUGCCGCUGUCAAUGACAGCAGUCUGGACAGGAUCCAGCAGCUAAGAAGAGAGUACCAGCAGGCGAGGAGAGAAGGAAUAGUCCCGCCUUAUGAGGAACUGGACCAACGACGUAGAGGGCACGAAAACGACACACACAGGAUGCAAGGCAGAGGAGCAGAUCCUCGGUUGGCACCACGUUAUGAAGAGGUGGAGCGACAGUAUGCCUCCUUACCAAGACGGGGUCCGUUGGAUCCGGCUGAAUACCCAAUGCAGCCCUGGGCCGGUCACUACCCCGGCCCCCCCCAGGCCCCACAGGGUUACCCUCAGCCCAUGUCCUACCCCAACCCCAACUCCCAGCCGGCUCCAUCUUACUCUGGCUACCCACCCCCCGGCCAGCCGUACCCACGUCCAGGUGACCCACGGGGGGGUGAACCUGGCUACUACCCCCACCCAAGCGCUCAGCAGAGAGGACCCCUGCGGCAGGACGUGCCCCCCUCCCCCACCCCUCCACUUCGCGGACUCCGGUACGACACCAUGAUGCGUGGAACCGGGGGUGGAGGCUACAGGCACCUGGUGGAUCCUGGUCCGGACCAAUACAGCUACACUGGGGAGGUAGGAAGACAGCAACAGCAGCAGCAACACCAAACCAACCCAAGACAGAAGAAUGCCAUGACUGCAGCUGUGUAGACCAAUCACGUCCAGGGAUGAUAGAAAUGAACAGAAUGCUGAUCGCUCUCGAUUGUGCGGCUCCUCUGCUUCCACUGCUCUAAUGAAACAGAGUCCAAACCCCUAAUGGUGCGAAUCACCAUCAUUAUCAGACAUUGUCUACUCUGGUGAAAAGUAUAUGGUUCUACACAGACGAGGUAAAGGAGGUUAAUUAUAGAGGAGCUGGCGUGAUGCAUAAUGUCUUGUUUGAAGUCAUUUAAAUUGCUUGGAGUCUUCCCGGAGUGUAAAAUUAGCUGCUUUUUGCUUUUCACUAUACUGUGAUUAAUUUGUCUCUUUCUAGAAGCAGUCAGAGGCUCAGGUAAUUGGAUCCAUUUAAAUUAAGCCACCAAAGGCACAAAUUCAGCUCUGCACUCUCAUAUUGAAGCUGUCACUUUCACUACCGCCGCUCCAACAACAAGGCAAAAGAUGAAAUACCCUUAGAAAGAGCAGCAGUAACACACUGACCUCAGGUCUGUGGCCGUUCACAUUCUGAAGCAACAACUUCCAGUGAAUAAACCCAAAUUCAUCAUCAGGACUAAAGCAGUUCAUGUUUACAAAAAAAACAUGAAUGUGAGUCUUUUAGUCUUUCUCCCCUGAGGCCAAGUUCAGAUGAGGAUGAGAGUCGGAAUGACCCCGUGUUCCCAAACAGUGGGCAGCCGCAAAUGAGUGUGAAGAUGUCAUUCUUUACUGUGUUGGUAAUGGCUGCUGAAACAGAAGCGUUGUGCAGAAAGUCGGUUUAUCCCUCCGAGCCAAAUCACUAACAAAAGCUCUACAGAGCAUCGAGAGACGAUAGUUCCUCAGCUGCAUGAAGUGCUCCUCCUUUUCACACCGCUUUUUGUAAUUGUUGAAGUGCACCAUAGCACAGUAGAGCACUUGUAUGAAUGAUGAUUUCUGUGUCAUUUUAUGCUUUUAAUAAUGAUGUGAUUGCCUUUUAUUCUUAUCCGACGUAUUUCUCUUAGAUAUGAGUUUAAAUACAUUCACAACCUAGUCUGAGUCUGAAACCAUAUCUGGUUCACAGCACUAAUGAACCAUCCCAGAAUAUUACUGUUUCAGAUCACAUUACAUUUCAUUGAUAAAUCUCAUCUGUAUGUUUUUUUAGUCCAGGAAUUAUAUGACUGAAGGUUUUUCUAUCGACAAUUAACUUUAUUUAAAAUGCGCCCUACUUGAAUGUAUGAAAACAAAAGGUGUCAUUUCCAUCUAGUUCACUUAGCCAACCAUAGACUGUCGAUAAAGAUGGACGACGUGUCUCCACUUCCUCCCACUUUCCAGAAAUGAAGCUACGGUAUCCAGGAUACGAGCGCUGCCAUCUUGGGCUGAUGAAGUCUCAUCUGCCAAUCAUCACGUUUCACCCCAAUUUUUAUAGCUUCAAAUGAAACUUGCUGGAAGAUAUGAGCUCUUCACCUCAUAUCUUCCAGAUAAGAUAAGAACUACUCUAGUUUACAGAAACCAACUUUAAGAAAACAUUAUUUGACGUGUAGGCUACUCUGAGAUUUUAUGUAGGUCUAUGACCCAUCCACUAUCAUGCAGGAGGCGGGAGUCACGCCCUGUACUGCAGCCAGCCACCAGGGGGCGAUCAAGAUGCUUUGGCUUUACUUCCGGGGAGCCACCAUGUCGUCCAUCUUUAUUUACAUUGUAAAAAUCUGUGUUUUGAAUCAUUUCACAAUGAUCUGAGUCUUUUUGGUUUGAUCUGAAGAAUAAUAUCAACCCAUAAGCUUUGAGGUAACAGAAGAAGCUCUGCUCAGAACAAGAUGAUAUUUCAAUGGAGACGAUACACAAACCAAAGCUUUGUAAUGCUGCCUUGUCCUUCACUCAGAUUAACAGUUCACGUUUCUAAACUAAAAAAACAAUUGAUGUAUUAGUGACAACAGUGCAAGGUCUUACUAGACAUCAAUCUAAGAGAAGCAGGCGAAUGAAGCACGUGAGAAAAAUGAUUGUCGAAGCGUUUAUUUGGUGUAAACCAGGCAGAAAAGGUUGUUCUGUUUUUGCAGGUGUUAAACUGAUCAGGUGUCCAGCUCACUUUCACUCAGCGUUACUCAACAGCCUCUCUCUCCCUGGAGGACGUGUACAGCUCGCCCCAGUCGGGCUGUGAAGGAUGCUCGUUGCACAUCUCUCCGACCCGGUGGCGUAGGCGUCACCGAGCGCUGAAGUCUUGUUGAAACACGAGUUGGGCGUCGGAGUGCUCGUCUCACUGCUGCUCCAUGGAGUUUAUCCAUUUAGCCACUUACUGAACCAUCAGUUAAGUGUAACGGAGAUUUAACAUUUCUGUUUGUUCCAUUCCACAAAGCCCGGCAGUAUUAACUUCAAUGUUUUAAAUGACAAUUCCCAGUUUGAUGAAUUGCUAUGUUAUUAAGAAUGAGGAUGAAUUACCACUAAAGGAUGAAUGUUGAGAGUAAUUUGACUGAAACCCACGUGAAAUAAUGUGAAGUAGAGGAUUGAAAACGCUGCUGUUUGCUUGUUCGUUAGAGAAACAUGGAGGAUUGAGUGGAACGAAGGAUGUAGAUUGAAAUAAUUCGUAGGGAAGAUAGGGAACGGUGGAAAGAAAGAAACAGAAGUGAGGAUAGGUCGAGAAGUGACGAAGGAAAAAUUAAACUAAUGGUCUCAGAAAGAAAAGAGGGAUGAGGGUGAAGAGGGAAUAGAGAGAUAGAUUGAAGGUGAUGAUGGGGGGAGGGGAGAGAAAUGGUAAAAACAGAUGGUGUGCAGGACCCCAAUGACGAAGAGGAGAGGAAACGAACAGAGGAAAGAAUGAAAGAUCGUAAAACUAUGGGCGGGGCUAUGUGCUCGUAUUGACUGAAUGAAGUGACUUUGGAAUUUUAAAAUAUUUGUCUUUUUCACGCUAUUAUCACUUUUUAUUCUUCCUCAGUAAGUCCAAGUGUCCAGGUAUUUACUGAACGUAAAAUAAUGAAGCACACCUGAAAGAGACUAGUGUCGUCAACUCAUCCGUCAAGUGUAGAAAACUGAAAACAAAAUAAGUUUCAGGUGUAAACUUUGUUGCAGCAGAAUCCAACACAGGCUCGGGUGUAGAAGUGGAGUUUAUUCCAAAACACGAGCUCGACCAAUCGGGAGUCAGUUCCAGCUGAACAUGCUCCAGUGUGAUUAGAACCACCUGAAAUGACAGAAACCAUCCUUGAGAAAAAUGUAUUUGACUUUUCAGUUUUGGUCCAUGUCACAUUCAGUCAAGUCGUUCAUCUUGAUUCUACGGUUUGAAACAGGAUGAAGAGAAAGCUUUUGUAGCUGCGUCUGAAUCCCUGGUGAACAGUCCACUGUGAACAUUACAUGAAGGUGUUUUACUGUUACUCCUCUAAUAUUACUACACAUUUCACAUAUAUGUCAUAUUAAACAUAUUCUUUUUUAAUGACAGUUGGAGUUGUUGGUUUGUGUUUACCGGAGCCACAUGAUGUUUGGUUGCUGUAACCGUGCUACUGUAAGAAAGAUCCAUCUCUCCUCUUCACAGGUUCAUGUUGGUUUGUCCUGUUUGAAAAUUACCUGGAAGUGUAAAUCUUAAUAUUUCCAAAAUUGGGUAAAACAAACAGGACAUUGUGGUGUAGCGUGGUUAAAGGUACUGAGCAUCUGGUGUGUAUCGCUCUCUGGUUUUUGUCAGUACGGGAUGAGUUGCACAAGAUGAAGGUACGAAACCAGAACCCUCUGUUUGAAGAGUGCUGGUACUCCUGGUUCUCCUCGUACAGAGACCAGGGAAUGAAGGAACCAACUAAAUAACCUCUCUGUCCUACAAGUAUAACAUUUUUAUUACACUGAUUGUAUCCAAAAAAAAGUGCUUUUUAUAAUGUUGUAACAAUAGCAAUGAUUUAUAUUCCUGUUUUCCUGCAUUUUGUAUUUAUGUAUAUAACAUCCUCUUUUUGCAUUAAAAUAUUCAUUUUAAAACA